GGUGCUGCGGAUGAGAUUUUGGCCGUCCUCAAGAACGAAACAUUUAAAAACCCUGAGAAAAAGAUGGAGAUCGAGAAGUUGCUCAACAAAAUUAAAGACCAGGAGUUUGAUCAGCUUGUUAGCAUUGGGAAGUUGAUCACUGAUUUUCAAGAGGGUGGUGAUUCUGGUGGUGGUAAGGCGAAUGACGAUGAGGGGCUUGAUGAUGAUUUGGGCGUCGCUGUUGAAUUUGAGGAGAAUGAAGAAGAUGAUGAGGAUAGUGAUCCUGAUAUGGUUCAAGAGGAAGAUGAUGAGGAGGAUGAAGAGCCU